AGGAAAUAAAUGGAAACGAAAAAUCGGCGCUUUUCCGUUAAAACUGUGACAUUUUGAAUCCUUUCUAUUCUAACCUUCCCCGGUGUAUAUAUGCAUAAUAUCCGAGUGAAUCACGGUGGCGGAGUUAAGUCGAUAUUAACGGUAAAUAGCGAAUUUAGCGAUCGGCAGACAAGUCCCCACUCGAUUUUCUUUCCCUUUCUUCGGUUGCUCUCUCGGGAGAAUAAAAUCGUUCUAGUAGGAGGCGAACGCUUGCGUUUGCCUUUCAGUCGGUUCAACGGCGAGUAUCGACGUUAUGCUCUUCCUUUCGAUACUGUUCUUUGCUGUCGAGCUCUCAUCGAUCAGAGCAGAGGAAUUCAGCUCGCCAUGGCAUUACGUAUGCGAAGCUGGGCUCUGCAAGAAAUUAGAGAUUACCAGAAAUGUGACGUUCCCGUUAUCCCUAGGGACGUGUCAACUAUUUUGUGGCGAAGCCGGGGGACUUUGGCCAAAGCCAACCGGUCACUUGUCCUUGGGGAAUUUUGUGGUCCAACUGAACCCCGAUGAUAUAGAAUUGCACGAAAUAGAUCCACUGUCGCGAGCGGGUACUCUUCUACAACGAAAUGUAGAAAUCUUGAAGAAGGACAUUCGCACUUUAGGUGGAAAAAGUGUAAAGGCAGGCGGGAAAGGAUUAAUCAUACACGUGGCCAAGACAAUGGAUGCAAACGACGUUAAGCUCACUUUAAACACCACAGAAAAUUAUACUCUGAGCAUUAAUCAGCUUGAGGAUGGGAAAAUCAACGCCUCCAUCACGACGAAGACCUACUUCGGAGCUCGUCACGCUUUGGAGACACUUUCCCAGCUAAUAGUGUUUGACGACCUGCGGGGAGAAAUCCAAAUAGUCCGAGAUGUCUACGUGGUCGAUGGUCCCGUCUACCCAUACCGAGGGAUCCUGCUGGACACCUCGCGAAACUUUAUGGACAAGGACUCAAUUUUGCGUACCAUCAAAGCUAUGUCGAUGUCGAAGUUGAACACUUUCCACUGGCACAUUACGGACUCUCACAGUUUCCCUUACGUCAGUCGCACGUACCCAAACAUGUCAAAAUAUGGUGCCUACACUCCCAGCAAGGUCUACACCCAACGAGACAUCCAGGAGGUUCUGGAAUUUGGUCUUCUACAUGGAGUUAGGAUUCUGCCGGAAUUUGAUGCUCCUGCACACGUGGGCGAGGGCUGGCAAUGGGUCGGAGGAAAUACAAUAUUGUGCUUCGCCGGUGAACCUUGGAAAAGCUUGUGCGUGGAACCACCCUGUGGCCAACUGAAUCCCUCCAGCGAGAAGGUUUACGAGAUCCUAGAAGGGAUUUACCGAGAUAUGAUCAAGGAUUUCAAGCCAGACCUGUUCCACAUGGGUGGAGACGAAGUCAGCGUCUCCUGCUGGAGGACUUCGGAAGACUUGAGCAAAUGGAUGAUCAACAAGGGGUGGAACAGCUCCGAUUCGAGUUACUACAAACUGUGGGAUUACUUCCAGGAGAAAGCUUACGAAAGGUUGAAGAAAGCAAAUGACGGAAAGGAUAUUCCGGCAAUCCUGUGGACCAGUCAUCUCACGGAUGAGAACAAUAUUCAAUACUUGGAUCCUAACACAUACAUCAUACAAAUCUGGACCGAUGCAAAGGACUCCACCAUAAGGAGAUUGAUCAAGAACAACUUUAAAAUGAUCUUUUCGAAUUACGACGCUUUGUACCUGGAUUGCGGUUUCGGAGCAUGGGUAGGCGAGGGCAAUAAUUGGUGCUCACCGUAUAAAGGGUGGCAGACGGUCUAUGAAAAUUCACCACUCGCCAUUAGUCGACAGAAUGGAAUAACACCUAAUCAACUGCAUCUUAUACUUGGUGGUGAAGCAGCUCUAUGGUCCGAACAAGUAGACAGUUCAUCGGUUGAUUUCAAACUCUGGCCCCGUUCAGCAGCCCUCGGAGAGAGACUUUGGUCAGAACCAAGCUCGACAUGGCGUCAUGCGGAGCACAGGAUGUUAAAGCAUCGAGAAAGAUUGGUUCAAAAAGGCAUUGGAGCCGAUAGUUUGGAACCGGAGUGGUGUGCUCAAAAUCAAGGCAGUUGCUAUGCGUGAAAAUGCAGAGCAAUCCUUACAUGACGGAGAGUAAAACUGAAUCGAUUGAUUUUCUAAAUCAGCCCCUUUGCAAUGUGAUAAUUCCGACGAAUCAGAACCAAGUCAAUUAGAUUGUACUUUUCAUCAUUGUUAAAUAAUCGUCUAUUGUUAAUAAAAUUUAAUAUUAACCCCUUAA